CUAAAUUUUCAUGGCUUCUGACAACAAAUGCAAGCGUCCUUGUUCCUGCCUGUGAGAAAGAAUAAAGACCCCGAUAGACAAUAUUAUCUUUUUGUUCGAACCCUGGUACUGGAAGCAGACGAAAGGCUGUUGUUUUAUUCGGGUUGGACACGGCUGACUAUUUGAAGGAGCAGAAUGUUUGACCGUGGGAGACUCCUGUUAUUGCUGUCAGCUGUUUGUGUGUGUCACGCAGUCCAAGAUUUCCCUCAGCUGAGUCACGUGCGCACCAAAACUUCUGCACAAGUUCAGCGUGAGGCAGCUCUUGAUGUCAUCGGUCGCCUCGUCCGCGACAGAGCCUCGGACUUUGAGGUCAGGGUCGACCAGAAUGUGGGUCCCAAAGACAAGGAUACGUUUAAGCUGAGCUCUAUAGAAGGAGGGAGGAUUCUGAUUGAGGGCACCAGUGGCGUGGCUGUGUCUAUGGGCUUCUACCACUAUCUCAAGUACUGGUGCAACGCUCAGCGUACCUGGGCCGGUCAGCAGACGGAACUGCCUGCCACUUUACCAUUGCUUGACAAGCCUGUAGUCGUCACCACCCACGACAAAUUUCGCUACUACAAGAACGUGUGUACGGAGAGCUACUCCUUCGCCUUCUGGCAGUGGGACCGCUGGGAACAGGAGAUUGACUGGAUGGCUCUACACGGGAUCAACAUGCCGCUGGCCUUCACUGGACAGGAGGCCAUUUUCCAAAGGGUGUACUUGAACUUGGGCCUAACCCAGGCAGAGCUGGACGAACACUUUGGGGGACCGGCCUUCCUGGCUUGGGCAAGAAUGGGCAACCUGCGACGUUGGGGCGGACCGCUGCCUCAGAUGUGGAUCACCAACCAGCUGCUGCUCCAGCAUAAAGUUCUACAGCGCAUGCGCUCUCUGGGCAUGACCCCGGUGCUUCCGGGCUUUGCGGGGCACGUGCCUCAGAAUCUUACAAGGGUGUUCCCAAAUGCUAAUGUCACGCGGAUGAGAAGAUGGUCUCAGUUCAACUCCACGUACACAGCGACCUAUCUGUUGCAGUUUGAGGACCCACUGUUCCAGAAAAUUGGUGGAAUGUUCAUACAGGAGAUGACCCUGGAGUUUGGUACAGACCAUGUUUACAACGCCGACACUUUUAAUGAGAUGGAGCCUCUGUCUAGUGACCCCAAGUACAUCAGAUCGGCGGGCAAGGCUGUGUACAGUGGCUUGUUAGCUGGCGACCCCCAGGCAAUCUGGCUCAUGCAGGGGUGGCUGUUCUUGGAGGGAUAUUGGAAGCCGCCACUGGUCAAGGCUUUGGUCACUUCAGUGCCAAUUGGUCGUAUGAUUAUCCUUGACCUUGCCUCGGAGUUGAACCCGCUGUUCAGCAGAUUUGAGUCCUACUAUGGGCAACCGUUCAUCUGGUGUAUGAUUCACAACUUUGGCGGAACCAACGAACUCUACGGGGCUGUAGAUGCAAUCAAUGUGGGUCCGUUCAAUGGACGUAAGUUCCCAAACUCCAGCAUGAUUGGCAUUGGCCUCACCCCCGAAGGCAUCAAUCAGAACGAAGUCAUGUACGAGUUUAUGAUGGAGAACGCCUGGAGGACGGAGCCCAGGGAUGUUGACCAGUGGGAACUGUUUACAACUGUUCUGAUGGUCACCAUGACAACGAUAGAGUGUUCCUGACGAGACGUCCAUCCACAAAGAACUCGUACUCUAUCUGGUACAAACCCAGAGACCUUUUCCUGGCCUGGGAGGGUUUUGUCAACGCGUCCAACGACCUGGCGGGGAGCCAACUGUUCCAGUACGACAUCACAGACGUGACCAGGAACAGCCUGCAGAUUAUCUCCCUCUACUACUACUUCGACAUGAUGUCUGCUUUCCAGAAAAAUGACUCGGCGGGAGUUCAAGCUGCCGGGGUCAAAAUGAGUGGCCUGUUGGCCGAUAUGGAUCACGUACUCAGUGCCAAUGAUCGUUUCUUGGUGGGUGGUUGGAUCGCUGAUGCCAAGUCCUGGGCAACUGACGCAGACGAGACCAAACUGCUGGAGUACAACGCCAGAAACCAGAUCACUUUGUGGGGGCCUGACGGGGAGAUUGUUGAUUAUGCCUCCAAACAGUGGGCCGGAGUGGUUGCAGACUAUUACAAACCACGAUGGGAGUUUUUCUCCACUUGGCUCACCCAGCUCAUCAAAAAUGGAAGCAGAUUUGAUGGCUACAUCUUCAACAAGAAUGUUAUGGCACAAGUGGAGACUCCGUGGACUGUGAGCACGUACCCGUACCCUACGGAACCCACAGGAGAUGCAGUUGCUAUUUCUAGGGCUCUGUUAGCCAAGUAUCAACCGGUCAUCCACAACCCAUUCUUCCAGAAGAUCUAUGAGAUGUCGCAAAAACAACCCAAACGACAGAAGGUCGAAAGUUUGAUCCGUAAGAAGUUUCGACUGUCAUCGGACAUCCCUGUUGAAAGCGGAACUUGGCAGUUUUCUGUGAUGGAGGAGAGAAUCCGGGUGGAGAUCUCUCGUUAAUUUAAGUCAAGUUUAGAAUGAGAUGAGCAAUAUUUCCGCUAUGUGUCUCUGCCAAGUAUAUCUAAUGGACAGUCACUUUUGCCAUUAUUAUUUAUUUUUUUUGGCUACGUCUACAUUCCAUCUAUGAUUCCUUCCUAUUUUUCUAUUGCGUAUGUGACACACUUCUUACCUGGGAUUGUAAUUGUACAAUGUGAAUCUUUAUACAUUUAAAUGUUGUGGCUGAAAAAGGUCUGUCGGAAGUUGAAGAGAGACUGUUCUGAGGCAGCGGGAAAAACACCAUUGUGACACAGAUGAAGGUGGUGAUUGGAGACCACUCACUUUAAAUAAAAAGAAAUUGAUUAAACAAAUAAUUUUUAGAAAUAGGUUUCCUCACAGUAAUCCCACAUGUGGAUUUUCUAACUUUAAGAUUCAGAGAGCAUUCUAUAAAUAUUUUUAUGGGGUGAUGUUAUGAUAGGAAAAAAACCUAAGUUUUAUUCUGCUACUUUUUUUUUGGUUUCUCAACUUGUCGUCUUAAAACUGUAGUUCUUUAAUUUUUCUACAAUUUUGAUAUAGAUGUUUCUGCUUACUAAAAUUAAGGAAGUUGCACUGGGGAAUGGUGUGGAAUGCAGAAAGUUAUGAGCAAAUUGUUGUAGUUCCUUGUGGGGUUCAAGCUGUCAUGUGCGUGCUAUCAAAGAUGCAGAUUGAUUCCUUGUCCAUGUAUCCUUUGCAUUUUGAGAUGUGCGUAAAUAUAAAUGCUCAACCAACCAGGUUGAUAUUACUGUAUUACAUCAUUUUGAUGCAAAUUUCUUAUUUCAUUUUUAAAUGACGAGACUAGAUUAUUUUAUGUAAGUGGCCAUUUCAUUUCUAAAUGUUGAUAUUAUAAAUUUUAAAAAAUUAGUUUCUAUUUAAUUGUGAAAUGCAUGCAGGCUUUAUGAAGUGACGGGUGUCUUCUGUAAGUGUUUGAGUCUGAAUGCUUCGGCCAAUUUUUACAGUUAAUUGUGUAGGUGUUAUAUAGAUCUAUCUUUAUUUUAUAUACAUAUGAUAUAUUCUUAUGACUUGACUCUUGUUAGAUGAAGUACUUAUCUGUGCUAUGGUGACGUUCUUCCCUGGCACCGCCUUCCUCUUGUCACUAACCAUAAAUACAGCCUGGUUCUUCUUCUUCCUCGUUCUCGAUGACAGCAGCUAGACAGUCAGUCCGAUGUCGCAUACAAACUGUGUAGUUCGCUUCAACUCUGAAAAUACAGCCUGGUUCUGACCCUAUGUGUACUCGGGGGGAAAGAAUGGCUUCGUGGCACUGACUUGCCAUGAGCUAUAUCGCUCCUCAGCAACACAAAGAAGGCUGGAUUUUUUAUGCAUCAACUCGUUUGCAUUAACUCGUUUACCCUGGAAUGAUUGCUAUGGUUUGACAGAAACGAUUUUUUUUAACAACUUGAUUGAACUGAAGUUUUUGUGGAAUGGAGUGGUCGCUCGGGUUUAAUGAGUCCAACUGUGUAAACUUUUAAAUUUGCUUUGGCAUGCCUUUCCAAGAAAGUUUUUUCAACCAAGAAUUGUUUCCCAUAAUUUUUCCUAUGUCCCAGCCUGAAGUAUCUACUACAGUGGAAUCCACUUAUAACGAGUCCUGAAGUAACGAGAAGUCUGUUAUAAAAACACUUCUUUAUCUUUGUACAUAAAAUACUAAUAUAACGUAAUCAGACAAACACGUGAGUCGGUUACAGCGGAAUACAGCUGCUACUGUGCACAGCGCAUAUGCCAUUUAUUCAUGUAAAAACCUUGCCAGUGUGAAACUUGUUGGUUAUCUUGCGAAACAAAGAAUGGGAGAGCCCACGUGUGCCAACAAUGAAGGCGGAGCGAAUGAGUGGGGAGAGUGUGGCGUGCACAGACAAGCAGAACGCAUCGUGCGAUAGGCCAGCCUAGUCUAGAUUAUCUAGGCCUACCAUGCCUGUCACUUCUCCGAUGCGGGGAUGGAGAGGUCCUAGUGCUGUACUGUGACGGACAGAGCGAAUGUGUGACGUGGACGGGAUGUGGUACGUUCCCAUUGUGUGCAAGCAGAUGGAACACACCACAUUGUGUGGUGGGGUAGGGGACAACACAAUGGGCGAGUUAGCCUAGAGAAUUUUCUUUCUGAUCGCCAACGCCGAACUGUCAACAUCGCUAGCGCUAGAGAAA